UUUCUCGAUUGUUUGGACGUUCCCCUUAGGAUGACUGAGAAUUCAGUGGUUGUCGCAGUUGGGGAAUUUUUAAGAAAGUUUGAAGCUAUCAGAUGUGUUUCUAUUUCGCGGUGUAAUUUCACGUGCAUUCUGCGUUACCAUAACGGCCAGGCGUUUUUUUACAUCACUCGUUUGGACCUGUAUUGUAAUGACCAUGCUGACUUAUUUGAUGUCACCAACUUGACUUCCACUCCAUCCCACUCCACAAGUUCGUCAUCAGAGGGAUUCUGUUUGAAAUAUCUAAGCUUUCUUCACGUUUAUACAGAUGGCAACGAGCGAACGAUGAAAUGUCUUGUUACCAUUUUUAGAGAUUGUAAGAAUUUAAAAGAUAUUUCAAUUCAGGGUGUUACUAAACGUACUUGUGAACUUCUUCGAUAUGUACCAAACCCCCGUACGUGUCGGGUACAGUUUCGUUUUUUCUCCUUUUUUCCUUUUCGCGAACCGUCGCUGACGUUAUUCGACGUAAUGAAGCUCGCUGGUUUGUUACCACAGUUUAAGAAUCUCGUCUCCCUUGACCUUAACUUGAAUAACUGUUGUGCUGAAGCAGUAAACAAACUGGUUUCUAGUAUCACGCACAAGACUCUUGAGAAACUGGGACUGUGUGGCAUUAAACUGACUCCAGUCACAGCCGCCGCGCUUGGUCGGUCAAUUUCUGAAAUGUCGUCCUUACGUAUGCUCUCGAUAUCUGGGCCGAGAAGAGGGUUUCUAGAAACAGGAUUUGACAGAACAUCUCUGGUUUCACAAUUAUUUACGUUCAACACAGGAGGUUGUCGUUUCUUGCCCAGUUUGCAUGAGUUAUUUCUUGAGCGUUUAAAUUUGAAUGAACGGGGCUUACGUGAGCUGUUGGAUAAUUUGAAAUUCUUCUCAGAGCUGACACUCUUAAGCCUAUAUGGCAAUCCACUGGGUGACGCGCACACGGUUCACUCUAUGGUGAAAAAAGCACUGCCUCGGGUUCAUGUUUCUUAUUGA